CCCUAGGCCGGAGAAACCAGUCGAGUCCCGGCUUCAGGUCGCGGCGGCGUUUCAGUUCACAGGCUGGUGCCGUGACGUGCGGUUGGCCUGCGCGGUUGCGCUGACGGGGUGUUUGUCUUCUUCGCCGAGUAAGAAAACGAGACAGAAAGAGAGAAGAGAAGAGAGGUUUCGAUUGGUCUAACGUGACAGAGGACGAAAAGCGACGACGACGACGCCAGUGAUAUCCCCGGGAAUUCGAAUAACCGUGCGAUCCGGAGACGAGAUUGAGGUUACGCGUCUCAUCGAGUGGUACUCUUCUGACUCCGAUCUGACGGACGCAUCCCUCCUGACGCUUUCGAGGGAGAGAAACGGAGAGAAAGACACAGAGAUUUGUACGUAAAGAUAUUUGUGCUCUCCCGCGAGUUGGAAAAUUCGUCGAGACCCGUCGGUCGCGAUCGGUGACGCGUCGUCGGUCGGAAACGUCCGAAUGAAUCGGUGCGCGAUUUUCGGAGCAUCGCUGACGACGCACGCCGAAUAGCAGGGCACAGAGCGGAUUGACGGGCGAAUAAACAGAUCGAGAGGGUGCGAAGUGGCUGUCCACCGUCCAUCGACUCGUCGCCGAGAGUUAUCGGCCCUGCGGUUUGCAAGAGAGGCCCGUGAUCGCAUGCGGGGCGCUCGAAAAGUGAGUGAGUGACAGUGGCGGAAGUGUGUGAUCGCGCGCGCCAGGAGUAGACCGGCUAGGAGGAUAGAGGGGAGGAUUCUUGACGACGCGGGCGUGUGUAACGAGGGAGGAUCGUCGUUUCCGCGAGGGUCGAACUCUCGACGCUCGUCAAGAUCGCCGCGGAUCCUCCGAGACGUCUCGCCGUCGGCGUUUCCGAGUGAUGUUUUGAGCAGCAUCGCUCAAGAAAGAUGAAGAUCGCGGUUGGUUCGCUCUUCCUCCUUCUCGUCAGCGGCGCCGUGUCCGUCGAGUGGAAACACAGCGCCGUCCUGGACAACAAUUUCUUGGUGCUCUGGACGCCUGGCGAGAGGGACGUUACAUUCGAGAUCCAAGUGAAGACCCUCGGCUAUGUUGGGCUCGGUUUCACGAAGGACGACGGCCGCGCCGGGGCUGACAUGGUCAUCGGUUGGGUCGAUAACAACGGCCAGGUCCACCUUCAGGACCGGCAUGUGAAGGACGCCAGCAGAGACCCGCAGAUGGAUUCGAGCCAGGACUACCGGCUGUUACUGGGUUACGAGAACAAGACGCACACAGUGCUCCGCUUCAGCAGACGAUACGACACAUGCGACCCGCGGGACCUGAAGAUCACGAACGACACGAUGCAAGUGGUUUGGCAAUAUCACGUCGAGGAGCCGGUAUCAGCAGCCGGAGUCCUGCCUGAUCAUGGCGCAGUACGAGGAUCGAGACCGUUGUAUCUGGUGCAGAGAGACGCGCAGCCCAGACGAAACUCGCGUAAUCAGGAAACGGAGCCACCACUGAAGACCUGGGAUAUUUUGAACAAGCAAGUUCGUUUACCCAUGGGGCAAGACACGCUGCUCUGGUGCCGUGUCCUGAGGAUGCCGAGCAUUAAUCACAAACACCACGUCGUGAAGUACGAGCCGGUUAUUCAGCCGGGAAGCCACGAAUACCUGCACCAUAUGACCCUGUACGAGUGCCGUGGAGAUCAAGCCGAAUUGGAAUCUGCAGCCAAAACGGACGGGAGUGUCUGUUACGUCCCUGAUAAACCGGCAUUCCAGUGCAACACGAUCGCGGCCACUUGGAGUCUCGGUUCUGAGGGCUUUAAUUAUCCGCCGGAGGCUGGAUACGCGCUCAAUCCGUACUCAGGGCCGCGCUACUUCAUGCUGGAGACCCACUACACGAACCCGCAGCUGGACGCCUUCAUCAGUGACAGCAGCGGUUUGCGACUCCUCUACACGGAUCGGUUGCGCGCCCACGAUGCCGGCAUCCUCAGCGUCGGCAUCGACCCGAAUUGGCGGCACAUAAUACCACCAGGUCAGCCCGAAGUGAUCUCCGAGGGCCACUGCAUCGCCGAUUGCACUGGCCAAACGGUACCAAACAGUGGUAUCAACAUGUUCGCCGUGAUCAUGCACACCCACCAGCUCGGCAGGAAAGUUCGCCUGCGGCAGAUCCGCGGCGGCGAAGAGCUGCCGCCGAUCGCCGCCGACACCAACUACGAUCCCAAUUAUCAGGAAUAUCGGAGGCUGCAGAGGCCGAUUAAAGUGUACCCGGGUGAUCACUUGGUCGCCGAAUGCACGUACUCGUCCGAAUCCCGCACGGCCAUUACGUUGGGCGGCUUGGCAACGAGAGAAGAAACUUGCCUGGUGUCCGCCCUGUAUUAUCCUCGCAUUGAGUUAUCUCUCUGCUAUUCCUUACCAUCGCUACCAACGGUACUGCAUAGUUUGGGAAUCCAGAAAUUAGUACAGGGUUCCAGCCCAGUGCUGAUCCAAGAGCCAAAAGAGUUGGCGGGCAUGACGCUGGAGGAACGGCUCAUUUCCUACAACUGGGCGUCCAACUUUCAGACUUUCCAGGAGGCGACCCGCAGCGGCACAUUCAAGCCGCUCUGCGGCAGCAGCAAGGGCGCCUUGCCUGGCACGGAGAACCUCGAGGCGCACUAUCCGCGCAUCCUUAGGCCUUACGAGGAGGCGAGUAUGCCCUGCGCGAAGAAACCGCUGCGGAACAAGCUGUCGAUGCUGCUCAGCGAGGACGACGACAUCGGUGCGCCGGUCGAUCCCGACAGCGACGAGUCCAACGCGGUCGAGCGGGGUCAGUUGGUGCGUAGCAAGGUAUCUCGCAGUAGCGACGCCGGUCCCACCGCCGGAAACUCCUGCGGCCGUACGAUAUCGACGGCAGUGGUCCUGGCCGCCUUCACCGUAGUCGCAGGUGCCGCGUUCAGGUGAACGUCGCCAUCGGUCGACCGGUCGUACGAGUCCACUCGGAUCGUCAGGAUCGUCCCAGUGGUUACCGAUCGCGAUCGAAUCCGCGACGGAGCGAGCGGAGGCGACAGCUGGAGCGUGCGUACGUUUGCGUAAGUACAUGCCAAUCUCAGCGAUGCGGAAAUCUUAGGCUUAGGUAGGUGUCAUCAUCGUUCCCCGACCGAUCGAGCGCGCCCGGAACUCGUAAGGAAUCGCUCGAUCGGCGGUUUUCGUUUUCCUUUCCGGGACGCGGGUGGACCUGGGUUUUCUUUUUCCCAACUGGCAGCUGACGCGGUCUUCGUCGUGAACCAUAUCGCGUUUCUAUCCGAUAAUGGAGCCCCAUGCCGUCACCUUUGACCCUCGUUAUUCCGAUAGUGGAUAAUGAAACGCUCGGACGUGACGGCGCGGUGAUCGAAACGGUUGGAGAAUGAUACGAGGUGUUCGAUUUGCGAACGGCGUAACUUUGGUAUCGAGUAUCUUGGCGAUUAAACUGAUGCAUUGUGACAGUUCGGAUUUACGUUACUUGCAAAAUGAGCAGCUCGUAGAAAUUCAAGUUGCGCAUAUACACACGCAUAAACACAUACGCGCGCGCGUCUAUCGCGAAGAAUCUCGCCAGCUUUCAGUCGGGAAUUUUCGCGAGUGGAAAAAGACAAUUGCGAUCACCAUUAGAUUGGUGUAGAUGCGACCUAUAUACAUACAUAUAUCAUAGAAAAUGUAAUGGAAAUUACCGGAUCCACGUUAUCUCGACUUAUAGGUGUUGAAAUAAUAUUAUGAUAAUUUUACGAUGGCGUCAUUGAAAAUAUCUCAUCUGCCAUAUAUAGUGCUCGGUUUUACCAGCAGGAAAUCUUAACUUUCUCUUUCUCAGCGCAUGUGUGUCUCUAAUAGCUGAUAACGAAAGAGAUGUCUAAACUACGAUAUAGAACUAAACCAUUUCAUAAAACAGUUUAGAAUAUUUCGAUUUUCAAAAUAUUAUUUAAUCGAAUUAGACAUUUCUUGCGGAGAUAGCUGUCCCCUUUGUGAUAUUUGAAGACUUGAUCCAAGAAAAGGCUAUAAUCGUCCAUUUUAGCCAUACAUCGAGCUAGAAAAUCCUAUAAAAGUUAUAAGUGCUAUUUUUAAGAACAUAAAGUACCAAAUGAAUGUGUGUGUACAGAAUAUUUUUGCUGCGCAUAAUUAGAGAAAAGUUAUCUCCUAGUUUUAUUUGUGGUACUUGCAAGCUUCUUUGUUCAUCAAGUCUUCAAUCCCGUCUAUAAUUUUGGGCAUAUGCGAUCUUGGAGCUUGCGGGAUGACGCUAAAUCAAAUAUUCGUCUCGGUGUUUGAGAAUCGUCCAGGAACGAGAGAGUUAAUGACGCUUUGCUGGACGGAAGCGGAUGUGGACGUAGAGUGCGUUAAUUUCAUCCGCGGUGAAACCGAGCAUGGGAGAUCGGAUCUAUUCGCGUCCUCAUUUCGCAAUCGGCUUUCCUCUUUCUCGAUUUCCGCUCGUACGCACCAUUGUUAUGUAAUAGAGGGUUUUUGCGAUAUGGCACUUCGAGCGCGGUGAACGCGCGCGCGCGCGCGGAAAUCCGGCGUUCGACGCGAAAUACCUAUAAAUUGCCGAUGACAAUGUUCAAUGCCUGAGAUUUACGUUAUUAUUUAUACCUGCGACAUUUGCAUUCACUAUGUUUGAAAAUCGCGCUGUCGCAGAAAGUCUGCAAUAUCCCUCGUGCUCGCACGGAACGAUCGUACAGGGUAUCUCUCGGAUACGAGCCCAUCGGCUAUCAAAUAUGUAUGUCUUUACACACAGAAGACAGUGCAAGUUGCAUCUCGAUGAGAAUAAAUAACGUUAAGAACUCUUUGAUAUGUAGUUCGCUAUCUCGAUAUGUUGAAGCGUUGAUUAUUCAUCAAAAAUUUAAAGAAA